CUCAGGUUAGCACGAAUAUAAGGACUAUCUAAUAUUCUGGCAAAACUAGUGCUUCUCCAGGUCGGUGAAACUUGCACUUAGUUUAUUUUUUUUAUUUUUGGAGGGGGGUGGGGGGAGGUGUCUAGGCAUUCCUUAUAGUAUAGGCCAAUGUAUUCGUCCUUGGCCUCUGUCUAAACUCCAUUCCCUGCUCCCUGCUGGAUAACUGAAUCACCCGUUUGCAGGGCUGUUAAUAUCCCUUCCCAUUCCAUUUGCUAUUUUAGGAAAGGGACUGCUGCCAGAGAGAGGGGCUGUGCAAGGGGCUGUGAGUUUGUGUGUGGUUGCAAGAUCUUUUGUGAAACCUUUCUGUCUUUGGUUUUUCUUGUUCAAACUUUCCGAACUUUUGUGGCGUUGUCCCUGUAUUUCUCCCCUUUUUCCAAGCUCCAUAUUAAAAGAUCCUUUUCCUGCUAUUGUAAAGACUCCAGCUCUCCUGCUUCUGUUGAAAGAUUGCCUCCAUACAGCUGGAAAAAGUGCCAUGAACAAGGUGCCGCCCUCCCCUACGGUGGAGUUCCCCCGGAUCAGCGACUGGGACCUGACCGAAAUCGAGCUGCAUUCCGUGGAGUCGAUCAAUGACCUGCAGCGGCUGAACAACUCCGAGCUGCUCAAGGAUCCCCUAGUUGCAGGGGGUGGUCCUCGUCACCACCAGGACAAUGGGAAUCUCCCAGCCCCGGCCCAGGCUCAGCAUGCAGUGCAUUGGCACCGACCGCCCUGCUGCAGCCCUGCCUGCUGUCGGUACCUCUGGGUGUGCAUUGCGGUCCUCCUGGCUCUUCUGCUUCCUGGUCCAGCAGAACGAGACCCUGUACUCCCUCUCCCUGGCUGUCAAGCAGAGGAAGGAGUUUGUGAAGGAGCUGGCCCAGCUCGCCCAGACACUGAAGGAGCUGAGGGUGAGCCUGACCCCCACCCGAGGAGCCCUCCCUCCCUGACUCUUACAGCCUGGCUGGGAGAGCGACAGCAGACCCAACUGCCCGGGGACCCACCAACAGCACACACUGACAAGACAGACUGGCCAUCAUUUCCAUUUGCUUUAGUUAAAUACGCCAGUGAUGGGAUGAGUCAGCGAUGUAGAGAGUGCACUGCAGGCUGCUGUUUCCCUAGCUGUUCAGUGGUAGAUGCUGAGGACUCGUUUGUAGAUGCCAUUGACAAUUGGUUGCUCUGGUUGGCUUUAGUUUGUUUUGUUUGUUUGUUUUCGCGGCGUGACCAGGCUUGUCUGUACGGAUUGCAGAACAGUAUAAGUGUGUUUGGAAUACGCAUUUCCCUGCAUGUCUAUUAUCAGAUAUAAAUGCACAGGAUUCUCACUGUCUGGUCUUUUUUUCACCACCACAGAAGACACCGACAUGCAUUUCUAUUUGUUUAAAGGAUAUGGAUUCUUCAGUGACAACAUUCUGUAUUGAACAUCAAAUUUAAAGUAGAAAAACAAGAGACCAUAGACCAUAGUAUGCAAGACGAGAACGUGUAAGAGAUGGAUUGAAUGUGAAAGGACAAACAUCUACUGUUGCAAUAAAAAAAGAAAAACGCUUUCCACAUUAAAAACUGCAGCUAGACUUUUUUUUGUUUUUUUUUCAGUGGAAGUGGCUUAGCUUGCAGGUUAUUUAAAGUUAAUUCUGGCCUGUUCAAAACCAGCUUGGAGUCAUGAAACCUUUCUGGGCUGUUAGUCAUCAACAAGGUACAACUUUUUUUUAUUAUGACUAUCAUGCUGCAUUUAAAUCAAAACAUAUUAAAAAAAAACGAAAAACAACUUUGAAAUAACAAACCUUGUGCCUGGAUAUUUUGGUAUAUCUUCCCUUUCACACAAAAUAAAAACUUUUUGUAAGAGUUUGGAUUUUUCAAUAUAUUAUACACUGGGAGAACAGACCUGCUGUGUUUAUUUCAGUGUUUCCGUUCAUUUCACCCACUUUGAUCAGUUUAAGCUAUGAAACUGAAGCUUGUAACGUGUGCAUUGUAAUAAUGCAGGUGGGUCUUUGCUCAGUAUAUGUAGUGAUUGCACAGGAAAAGAAACACAGCCACUGGUUAGGGGCAAGUGACCUGUUUGUUUACUAUCGGCUACAAAUGAAGGCAGUGAUUUUAUUAUUCCCAUUCCUAAUGCUUGUGACUGAAGUCUCCAGUGAAUCCAGGCAGAU